AUGAUGCUAAUUUUCGACCCUCUUUGGUAUGAAGUUGGCUCUAGAAUCGGAACCGGUGGUUAUGGCCAGGUUCAUUUUCUUCAAGAAAAACGAUCAGCUCAAACUGUCCGCGUUGGAAAAUUCAUUUUGAAGAGCAAAGUACAGAAGUGGUUUCCGCCUGGAAAACCGAACCCGCUACCAUUGGAAGUGCACAUCUGCUUGAAUAUGGCGAACAGAAAUGUGAUGAAGUGUGUGGAUUACGUAGACAUCGACAGGAACUGGUUUUUGAUGGUGAUGCACGAUCACAACGGAACAGAUCUCUUUGACUUCAUCGAGAAAAACGACGUUGUUGAUGAGAAAUUGAGUCACAAAAUUUUCUCGCAAUUGGUCGGAGCCGUGCGUUACUUGUGCAACAAGGGGAUAAUUCACAGAGAUAUCAAGGAUGAGAACGUCUUGAUUGAUGAAAAUCACAAUAUCAUCCUCAUUGAUUUUGGAUCAGCGAUGCAAGUUUAUGGAGACGUAGAAGAUGUAAUCAGCCCAAGGUUCUGCGGAACGGUCAAAUACUGCCCUCCUGAAGCGGUAACGAAUGAGAAAUUCAGAGCGAUGCCUGGUGAGAUUUGGGCGAUGGGGGUUCUUCUUUAUACUGUUCUCCAUGGAGGCAACCCUUUCUACGAUGUCCAGGAGAUUCUUCAUUCAAGACUCGAGUUCGAUGAACAUCUGAGUCCCUUCGUCCAAGACAUUCUUUGUGGCCUCCUCAAUCGCGAUGCUAGACGACGAUACAGUCUGCGAGACAUUGAACGACACGAAUGGGUCAAAUCAGGACCAAAGUGA